GCGUUUGAGAACGGACGUGGGGCCUUUGACGGAUUCUGACUUCGGGAGGAGGGACAGCUUUAUCUGAUAACGGGCUGGGCUUUCCCAAAUAAUGAAUCUUACUGAAAUGAAUUUUAAGGGGAAGCGCUUUUACGAAUAAAGAACCUGGAAGAGGGGAGUACGGACUUGUAGGAAAAACGAUCUUAGAUAAGGGGUUUAUACGGAUAAUUUGAGCUGGAGACGGUUGGCUUUCCAACUACAUUCUCGAUUUUUACGGAUAACGAGUUACGGGAAUGAUUUUCCUUACGUAUUCAUUCAACAGUUAUUUAUUGAGUGCUCCUAUAUCAGACUGCUUUAGACACAUAGGCUCUAUCAGUAAAUUACCCCACUCCCCCAAGGAAGAAAAUCCCCUUCUGCAUCUUAUGGGAUGGGAAGAGGCUGGCAGUAAACGUAAUGGUAAUAAACAGGAGCCUCCUCAACAAGCCCAAGAGUGAGAUGACCCCGGAGGAGCUGCAGAAGCGGGAGGAGGAGGAGUUUAACACAGGACCACUCUCCGUGCUCACCCAGUCGGUCAAGAACAACACGCAAGUGCUCAUCAACUGCCGCAACAACAAGAAGCUCCUGGGCCGUGUGAAGGCCUUUGACAGGCACUGCAACAUGGUGCUGGAGAACGUGAAGGAGAUGUGGACCGAAGUCCCCAAGAGUGGCAAGGGCAAGAAGAAGUCCAAGCCGGUCAACAAGGACCGCUACAUCUCAAAAAUGUUCUUGCGCGGGGACUCGGUCAUUGUGGUCCUGCGGAACCCGCUCAUCGCCGGCAAGUAGGGGCCUCCUCCCUGCCGUCAGAACUUACCCCUCGUCUUGCAAAGACCUGCCCUUUGUGCUGGGAAUAAUAAAGUCAUGUGUUUUUUCUA